AUGGAAUCUGAACACGUGUGGCGCGUGGGAGCGUGCAACAGAAACCCUUCUCUCAACAACGACAACAAUAUCUUCAACGGAAUAAUGCUCCGUUUCCGACCAAUCGCACCGAAGCCAGUCACCGGAGAACAAACUCCGGCGAACCAGAGCACCACUGCUUCACUUCCAGGUAAAAGAACUAAGAGAAAGUACGUUAGAAUUCGAAGAAACAACGGUUACAUCAAAAAGAAUAGUUGUAAGAAAUCUUCACCGGAAGAAGAAAUUGUUGUUCAACAUUCAAAUUCAAAUGAUGAAAUGAAAAGGAAUCUUGCAGUUGUUACGUUACAGUUGAUGCCGGAGAAAGCAGCAGCUACUUCAAACGUUGAUCUUAAUCUUAAUCUUAAUCUAACAGUUGAAAAUAUUCAGAUCUUGGAUAAUCUGAACCGGAGUCAGAAUAAUCCAGAUCUUGAAACUAUGAACGCCGGGAAGUUUUUAGAUCUGUUACCGGCGGUGGAGAAAGCGGUGGUGGAGUCAUGGAUAACGGUGGAGAGUGUGACGGGCAUGUGCAUGGUUGUAGAGAAAGUGAAAAAUAUUGAAACUGACACGUGUCCGUGUUUUAUUACAGACGGUAACGGUAAAGUUUUGAGGGUUAACGAUGCGUAUAAGAAGAUGGUGGUGAAUGAGGAAAGUGAAGAAGUUGAAGUUGUGAUUUGGUUGAAGGUGAAACAAAGUGUUGCAUGGUGUUAUUCUUACCCAGCUUUUACUUGUGGUGUUAGGUUACAGUACACGUGGCGGAAUGAGAAGUGUUUGAAAAUGGUUCCUUGUGAUGUUUGGAGAUUAGAGUGUGGUGGGUUUGCAUGGAGGUUAGAUGUUAAAGCUGCUCUUAGUUUGGGACUUUGA